CCAAAACUUUGAAUCACCCUCCUCUUUUGAGCUCCUGAUAUCCGUGCCCCCACGACCUGACGACAGUCCGAACCUCUGGAACCCGCCUUUUUUGCUCUUGUUCAAUUGGGAUUUCUAUAAUUUCCCCUUCGCACUUUAUCGCAGAUUCCUAUCAAGAUGUCUCCGACUGCUGGUACUGGACGGGAGAAGGAGUCGAACACCGCGCGACUCCUGGGCUCCGGCUCCGCUGGUAUCGCUGAAUUGGCCGUCUUCCACCCCGUCGACACCAUCGCGAAGCGCUUGAUGAGCAACCAGACCAAGAUCUCCGGCGUCGAGCAGCUCAACAAGGUCAUCUUCAAGGACACCGCCAACGCGACAGCGGGCCGCAAGUUCGUUUCGCUCUUCCCCGGUCUGGGAUACGCCGCCGGCUACAAGGUCCUCCAGAGAAUAUACAAGUAUGGCGGUCAGCCCAUCGCCAGGGACUUCUUGGCCAAGAACUACGGCGAGGACUUUGAGCGCGCUUUCGGCAAGAAGACUGGCAAGGCUAUCAUGCACUCCACCGCCGGCAGUUUGAUCGGUAUCGGAGAGAUCGUCCUCCUUCCCCUCGACGUCCUCAAGAUCAAGAGACAGACAAACCCCGAGGCCUUCCGCGGCCGUGGUGUCUUCAGAAUCGUCGCCGACGAGGGCUUCGGCCUGUACAGAGGUUGGGGCUGGACCGCCGCCCGUAACGCUCCUGGUUCCUUCGCUCUCUUCGGUGGUUCCGCCUUCACAAAGGAGUACCUUUUCAAGCUCGAGGACUACAACAAGGCCUCGUGGUUCCAGAACUUCAUCGCCUCCAUCGCCGGUGCCUCCGCCUCCCUCCUCGUCUCCGCUCCCCUCGACGUCAUCAAGACCCGUAUCCAGAACCGCAACUUUGAGAACCCCGAGAGUGGUUUCAGAAUCAUUUCCAACAUGAUGAAGAACGAGGGUGCCACCGCUUUCUUCAAGGGUCUGGUUCCCAAGCUCCUCAUGACUGGACCCAAGCUGGUCUUCUCAUUCUGGCUUGCACAGACCCUCAUUCCCGCCUUCGACGGCAUGAUUAAGAAAUAAACGAAGAAGAAAAGGAGCCUAGACGGUCACAACAAAAAAGAAAAACAAGCAACGGCGUUGGAUGGGUAGAACGUGGAGUCUCGGAGCUGAGCCCGAUAGAUCGUUGGACAUGACGAAGACUCGACGAAAGGGUAUAGACAAAGAUGAGAAAGCGAGGCCUAGCAGCUACCCAAAAAGAAGGUUGGCUUGCGGCCCGGUUAAUGUACAACAAAGUAGGGUUCAUCUUGAUGAGAAAAAUCGC